AUUCCAAUAAAACACAACACCACAAAAUUUCAAACCCCCACACUUUCACUCAACCACCAUGAGCUCCAUCGCCCUCAAAUCCUUCCUCGGCCUCCGCAUUUCCUCACCAGAAACCCCCCAAUUCUCCUACCGCCCCAAACCCAUCACCCACCGCCGCAAGUUCACCGUCGUCGCUGCAGCAACCAGCCCAAAAAUCGAUGGCCGAAACCUCCGUGUUGCCGUCAUCGGCGGUGGUCCAGCUGGAGGUGCAGCAGCAGAAACACUUGCAAAAGGUGGCAUAGAAACCUUCCUCAUUGAACGUAAAAUGGACAACUGCAAACCAUGUGGAGGAGCCAUUCCUCUAUGCAUGGUUGGUGAGUUCGACCUUCCACUAGACAUCAUAGACCGCCGUGUUACCAAGAUGAAGAUGAUUUCUCCGUCGAAUGUCGCCGUCGACAUUGGUAGGACACUUAAGUCUCAUGAGUAUAUUGGUAUGGUGAGGCGUGAGGUGCUUGAUGAUUAUCUUAGAAAUAGGGCUAAGGAAAAUGGAGCGAAUAUUAUUAAUGGGUUGUUUUUGAAAAUGGAUAUUCCUAAAGAAAAGAAUGCUCCUUAUGUUCUUCAUUAUUCUUCUUAUGAUGGGAAAACUGGUGGGGUUGGUGAAAAAACUACUUUGGAAGUUGAUGUUGUUAUUGGUGCUGAUGGAGCUAAUUCUAGAGUUGCUAAGUCUAUUGAUGCUGGUGAUUAUGAAUAUGCUAUUGCAUUUCAGGAGAGGAUAAAAAUCCCGGAUGAUAAAAUGGCUUACUAUGAGGAUCUUGCGGAGAUGUACGUGGGCGACGACGUUUCUCCUGAUUUCUAUGGUUGGGUAUUCCCGAAAUGUGACCAUGUUGCUGUCGGCACCGGAACUGUGACACACAAGGGAGACAUCAAGAAGUUCCAACUAGCAACAAGGAAAAGAGCCGAGGACAAGAUCUUAGGGGGCAAGAUUAUCCGCGUGGAGGCUCACCCUAUACCGGAACAUCCAAGGCCACGAAGAUUGUCAGGGAGGGUCGCGCUUGUGGGUGAUGCUGCUGGCUACGUGACCAAAUGUUCCGGAGAAGGAAUCUAUUUUGCAGCCAAGAGUGGGAGGAUGUGUGCAGAGGCAAUUGUGCAGGGUUCGGCGAAUGGAAAGAGGAUGGUUGAAGAAGGGGAUUUGAGGAAAUAUUUGGAGAAAUGGGACAAGACUUACUGGCCUACUUACAAGGUUUUGGAUAUUCUUCAGAAGGUGUUCUAUAGGUCCAAUCCUGCUAGGGAAGCUUUUGUUGAAAUGUGUGCUGAUGAAUAUGUGCAGAAGAUGACAUUUGAUAGUUAUCUGUACAAGACUGUUGUGCCUGGGAGUCCAUUGGAAGAUAUCAAGUUGGCUAUCAACACCAUUGGAAGCUUGGUUAGGGCUAAUGCUCUAAGGAGGGAGAUGGACAAACUUAAUGUAUGACAACAAUAGUCAUUCAUCACAGUCUGUCUGACUUGUAUACAUAUUAAUUUAUCAUUCAUUUUUGCUUUCGUAGUAAACAUGAUCUCUUAUAAGUGUUAAUUAUCUGUGUAAGCAAACGGAUUAAAUUUUCAUGCAAUCCCAAUAUAGACUGGUGAUUGGAGCAUAGCAGGGGUUGAUUGAAAUUUGAAAGAACUUGUAAAAGUUUAAGAGAUCAGACUACUUUGCAUGUGGUAUUUAUCAGCUGGAAUUUAAGAGAUUUGAUAUAGGCUGUAAUUCCCUUCUGUUAGUUAUAUAUAACUUGUGAGAGAGUAAGAACAUUGAAUAUACCAAUGAAAAUUGGUCUAGUUGAUAAGGAUUCUAUAAUGAUCUUAGAAAGGUUUGAGUUCGAAUCUUGCUGCAAAUGUAAGAAUUUUAUCAGUGGAUAAUAUGUAAGUACUUUUGUAAA